AUGAGAAAUGUUGUUAAAGUAGUGGGCCCGGAAACACAAUUGGCAAACUAUAAACUCACUAAAUAUUCUGCACCCAAAGAAGAACAAGCAAACACCCGGUUAUUACCAAAUUGUGGAAAUCGAACAAUACCUAACGGAAAGUUCAAUGCUGCAAAGGGAACAACAUUUGGACAAACCGCCACCUAUGUGUGCAAUAUCGGUUACACUUUGUUUGGAGACAUAACUGUAAUUUGCACAGCCAUCGGAUGGAACAGCACAAAUGCUACAUGCGAAACUACUGACUGUGGUGAUCCGACACCAAAGAAUGCCGUCGCAAACUCAACAAACUACGAAUACGGUUCAGUGAUAGAGAUAACAUGUAAUACAGGCUACAGUCUUACAGGAGAGUCACAGAUGGUUUGCCAGGAUGGCGGCUUUUGGAGUGCAAGUCGACCAUCAUGUAAACCAUAUG